GAAGAAAAGUGGCUACUGAUAUUUAUAGGAGCAGCAGGAUUAUAGCUCCAUGAUCUCUCAGUUCUGCUGCUGUGCAAACACAGGAGGGAAAGAUGGUCCCCUAGUCCUGUGAGUUUUAUAUUUAAAAUAGAAGAAAUAAAAGAUAAAGCUGUGCUGGUCAGAGGGAUAAGCAGCAAACACAUGGAUGAAAAUGCUUCGGAGCCUACGCUUUGUCAUCUCUCAGCCCAUCUUCAUCAUCCACCGAGGCUCAGGCUGCCUGGAAACAGCCCCAUAAGCUGAUGCAUUCUGGUGGCCAGGGGCAUUACUUGCCUUAAAUAUUCAAGAAUUGCAGUUAUGGGGAUGCAAUAAGAAAAUGGACUACAAACUAUCAAAUGCUGAGAGGAAACCAAGAGGGAUGAUCUCAGGCACUGAAUUUCUUCUGCAGAGGCCCUGAGUCAGCAGAGAUGCCAUGGAGGAGGUGGUAGUGAUAGAUCUUGGAAACUGCACCAAAAUCAUGACAAAAGCACUCAAAUAGUGAUUUUCACCGCCUUUUCCAGCUGAAAAAACAACGUGUGAACAUGAAAUUAACCCGGUGGCAGCAGGACGCUGUACGGACUGGGCGUUUGAACAGGUUCAGGAUGCAGUUUGGCACACCAUGGAUACCACCGGCCACAGCGUCCUCCUCCUCCAGCAGCUGAACAUGCAGCGGGAGUUUGGCUUUCUGUGUGACUGCACAGUUGCCAUUGGAGACGUUUACUUCAAAGCCCACAGAGCGGUGCUCGCUGCUUUUUCAAACUAUUUUAAGAUGAUAUUUAUUCAUCAGACGAGCGAGUGCAUAAAAAUUCAGCCUACAGACAUCCAGCCUGACAUAUUUAGUUACUUGUUACAUAUCAUGUACACUGGGAAAGGGCCAAAGCAGACUGUUAGCCAGAGCCGACUGGAGGAGGGCAUCCGCUUUCUGCACGCAGACCACCUGUCCCACAUCGCCAUCGAGAUGAACCAGGCCUUCUCCCCAGAGCCGGUGCAGUCCUCCAACCUGUACGGGAUCCAGAUCUCCACGGCUCACAAGCUGGCAAAGGAGCGCCUGGGAGCGAAGGAGAGCCUGCCCAAGGCGGGGAGCAGGGCUGCGGCGCAGGGCGAUCACCCCCAGCUGCAGCUGUCGCUGGCCAUCGGCCUGGACGACGGCCCCCUGGAGCAGCAGGGCGCGCGCCCCUCGGCCCAGCCCGCGGCUCUGGCCAAGCCGGCCGAGGAGCGCCCCAAGCUCUCGGUCUCCAUCAAGCAGGAGCGGUGCGACUCGGAGCCCGUGGUGUCCCAGAGCUGCACGCCGCCCUCUCCGGAGGUGGCGAGCCCCGUCUUUGCCAAGGGCAGCCUCAGGGUGCACCUGUGCCACUACUGCGGGGAGCGCUUCGAGUCGCGCGAGGGGCUGCGGCAGCACCUGCACACGCACGUCUCGGGCUCGCUGCCCUUCGGCGUGCCCGCCUCCAUCCUGGAGAGCAGCGACCUGGGGGAGGUGCAGCCUCUGGCUGAGGACAGGGAGCCUGGCGACGGCCGUCACCUCGGGGCCUUCCUCCUCAAGGAGGAUGAGCAUCAGCUGGAGCACCCGAGCUGCAGCGACCUGGAGCCUCUGCAGAUCGGGCAGCUCUCCCUCAUCUCCAAGGACCACGAGCCGGUGGAGUUGAACUGUAACUUUUCUUUCUCAAGAAAGAGAAAGGUCAGCUGCACCGUGUGCGGCCGCGCGUUCUUCCGGAAGAGCCAGCUGCUGGAGCACAUGUACACGCACAGAGGGAAGCAGCACAAGUACGGCCGCUGCCAGCGGCUGGAGAGCCCUGCCACCCCCAGGUUCCACCCCUACUGUGACAGCGAGAGCGUGGCUAAGAGCUCCAGCUUGUCCCAAGACCACUUAGAUGAAUGCAUACUGGAGUCAGAUCUCAUCCAAGAAAGCGUUGAUACGAUCCUGGUAGAGUAAUUCUCUCCCUUCACAUGCUGAAACUGGAUGUUUUGGCAUUCUCCGCCUAGGGAGCUCUGUGCAGCUGAUUUCUGGAGCCAUCAUUCCCCUCACCGCUGAGAUAACUGUGAAGGACUGUGUACUUUGAUUUGUGUACUUGCUUUUUUUUACUUCUCUAACUUUUAAACUUGAGCUAAAUCCCAUCUAAGUCCUUCUUGGAAGCCUCCGUGUAACUCAGUUAUGUUUUUCCUGAAUGUGAACUUAGUCCUACUCUGCUUUACUGGAGUUAAGGCUGUAUUGCUGGGUGUGAGGUUUAAACAUUGUCUAGUACUCUGUGUGGUGCCUAGGACUGUUUGUAUCCCAUAGAAUUGCUCUUCUGAAACCAGAUGGAUGGAAGUGUAGAGGGAAAUAUGUAUUGUGUUUCCCAAACAGUUUGUUUUUAAUGAAAAUAAAUAUCUCAAGGAGAUGAA